AUGGGUAUUUUGAAUCUCUUUGAAAAACCUAUUCAUUUUGAGUUUUUCUUGACAGUGUCACUCUUGCACGAGUUAUUUGAGCAGUACCUAAACUUCAGACAGUUGGCUGUAAUUAGGCGUGAGCUCUCUGCAAACAAAAAAGUUUUACAAGAAGACGGGAAGGAUGCAGAUGAAGUGUACAAGAGGACUGUUAAAGCGGUAAAUGAGUUAACACACUCGGAGGAUUAUGUAAAAAACGUGGAGUACGGCUAUGACAAGUUGAGAUUCCAGAUUUUUAGCUCCAUUGUACACUCAGCCUUUAGUUUGUUUCUCUUAUUCUCUCUUUUUGGACCGGCAUUAUGGCAUUUUUCAGGCUCCCUCUUCUCCAACCCAAAUGAGUACACACAAAGUCUGGUUUAUUGUGGUCUUAAAAUGCUUAUAGACGCUUUGUUCGAAAUUCCUUUUGGUCUUUACUCUGAUUUUUUCCUGGAAGAGAAACAUGGAUUCAAUAAGAAGACUUUAAAACUCUUCUUCAAGGAUUUGGCACUAUCACUGGUCCUAUACGCCGUUAUAGGUGGGCCUACUCUCUGUGUCUUGAUAUUUUUGGUCAAUUGGGGAGGAGACACCUUUUAUUUCUAUGCCUUUGGCUUCGUUGUCGUCUUCAACUUUAUAAUGUUAAUUGUUUAUCCAGAGUUCAUCGCUCCCCUCUUUAACAAGUAUGAACCCCUCAAGGACCAGGAACUCAAGGCAGAAAUUGAAGCUCUCGCAAAGAAACUAAAGUUCCCAUUGAUGGAAAUUAAGCAAAUGGACGGUUCAAAGAGGUCUAGUCACUCGAAUAUGUACUUUUACGGUAUAUGGAAGUUCAAGAGAAUUGUCGUUUAUGAUACUAUAUUGACCCAACCAAAGGAGCAAAUUGUAGCUACCGUAGCUCAUGAACUCGGUCACUGGAGCUGCAACCAUUAUCUCAAACAUCUUUCCUUCUCCUUCCUGAACAUUUUCCUAAUGUUCUUUAUCUUCAACACAUUUAAGAAUGAUGCCUCAAUGUUUGAAAGUUUCGGCUUUCAUGGUGUCAAUUCAUUUGUAGUUGGAAUUACUUUAUUCUCAUAUAUUCUUACUCCAAUGGGAAUAGUUAUGCACAUUGCUAUAACUUCUCUAACAAGAUAUAAUGAGUACCAAGCAGACGGCUUUGCCGUUAAAUUGGGUUACGGGGAGGACAUUGCAACUUCGUUGGUUCAGCUGCACAAGAAUAACAAGGGACUCAUCCAUCACGAUCCUCUCUAUUCUUGGUAUCACUUUACACACCCAGCACUCUUCGAACGUCUGCAUGCCAUAUACCGUGCAAUACACGAUAACAAGAUCUAACUUACUU